AGCCACACGAUUGGUCUCGCUCGCUCCGUCCCAAAAGCGAGUUCCCUAGCCUGCCCAAACUUCUGUUUACUGCGUCGUCCUCUUCUUUCCCCUCAUCGUCGCAGUCUUCGUCUGCCGACAGUAGCUGCCAUCAAUCGACACAAUGGCGCAACACGGUGAAGCUGCCGAUUACUACACUGGCGCCGCUCCACCCCAGCAACCACAGGGCGCAUACUACCAGGGCCAGCCAUAUGGACAACAACCUCCCCAGUAUGGCCAGAACUAUGCGUCGCCGCCUCAGGGACCGCCGCCGAUGCAGCAGCAGAACGGCUACCAGCAAGAUGGCUAUGGCGACAACAAACAAAGCUUCGAACAGGCGUUCAAACUCGACAAGCCCAAGUACAACGAUUGGUGGGCGGGACUGCUCUUCAUCGCUGUUUUCCUCGGUUAUGUAGCAGUCAGUGUGAUCUCAAUUCGGGGAUAUUCGCGAACCAAUAGCGGAGGCAUCUACGGCGGCGACACCAACAAUUUUGCUCUCAACUCGAACACCAUUAUCCUCUUCGCGUUCGUUCUCGGUUUAGCCACCGUCUUCAGCUAUGCAUACAUGUGGGCUGCGCGCAAGUUCACCAAGCAGUUCAUCUGGAUCACCGGCAUACUCAACAUCAUCUUCGGUUUUGUUACGGCAAUCUACAUGUUGUCCAGGAGAUACUGGUCUGGAGGCAUUGUUUUCCUGCUGUUCAGCGUCUUCUACGUUUUCUGCUUCAUCAGCUGGAUUCCCAGGAUCCCGUUCAGCGUCCUUAUGCUGCAGACUGCCAUCGACGUGUCGAAGAAGUACGGACAUACCUACAUCGUAUCGCUGGUCGGAGGACUGCUCGCAGCUGCACUGGGCGCAUGGUACUCCGUCACGCUGGUCUCCAUCUACGUUCAGUAUACACCCAAUGGUGCCAAUUCGAACUGCAGAAACGGUGUCGGUGAUUGCGGAAACGGCAAAGUGAUUGGCUUGCUGGUUUUCGUUACCUUCGCCAUGUACUGGAUCUCCGAAUGGCUGAAGAACACAAUCCACACUACCAUCUCUGGCGUAUACGGCUCCUGGUAUUUCAACCCGAACUCCAUGCCAAAGGGCGCGACCCGCGGUGCUUUCAAGCGGUCCGUGACCUACAGCUUCGGCAGUAUCAGUCUUGGAAGUUUGCUUGUAGCCAUCAUCCAGACUCUUCGUCAGCUCUGCUCGGCCGCUCAGCGCAAUGCUGCCGGUGAUGGCAACAUAGUGGGGGCGGUUCUGUUUUGCGUCCUGGGCUGUCUGAUUGGCAUCCUCAACUGGGCUGUGGAGUUCUUGAACAGAUACGCAUUCAGCUACAUCGCGCUUUACGGAAAGAGCUACGUCGCUGCUGCGAAGGAUACCUGGAAGAUGAUCAAGGAUCGCGGCAUCGAUGCGCUUGUCAACGAGUGCUUAAUCGGCCCUGUGCUUUCCAUGGGAGCUACCUUCAUCGCAUAUGCCUGCGCGCUUCUGGCCUACCUUUACCUCAUCUUCACCUCGCCCGCAUACAAUUCAGACGGCGCCUACACUCCGGUUGUAGUAGCCUUCUCUUUCCUGAUUGGUCUCCAGAUCUGCAACAUCUUCACCACGCCAUUGAGCAGUGGAAUCGAUACUAUCUUUGUUGCGAUGGCCUGGGACCCUGAGGUUCUUAUGCGCGAGCACCCAGACCUCUACCACCGCAUGAUAGCCGUCUACCCGCACGUGCAACAGGCGAUUCAUGCGUAGACUGGGGCUGCGGACACCUUUUAAACAUUUCGUCGGACUAUUUGGAAAUUGCAUAAAAUCUUUAUAAUCACGAGAUACCCACUUCAAAUCGAUCGCGAUUCCUUUGCGACACAAUUUUCUGCCCAUGGCGGGGCGCCCUGACAGCAAUGCAGAUGGAUGGGCUUGGCGCAGACUAAAAACGGGAGACCGAACCGGCGUCUCCACAAGGCCACUGUCGGCGCUACGACUUAUGACGUCUACAGCCCCAUUCACAUCGUGGAAUGCGCGAUCCAGGCAAAGCAUAAUGUUGGGCGUUGUAAGCUAUGGAGCGGCUUCCACGGCCGGGAAAGCUCCGCCUCGUGAGGCUAUCACAAGUAAGAUGU